GUGGAGAGCCGUCGUAUCGCCCACAUGUCUGUAUCUGUGAAAUGCACCCCUCGCCCGUCGAAGGGAGUUGCCGCUCGCCGCUGCUAUCGUGCAUCAACGACAACGACCUCGUCAUGCUCGAAUGCACCAUCACGCGCUUCAAAUGCAACGCAACCGGUGUUGCUGUAUACGACGGAGCAUGGAAGUACUGGCGCACACAGCUCGAACUACUCACCGUCACCAAACUUAUUGAGGGACCCGAAACGACGGUCGAAGAGGACCUCGGCGUCCAGGACAACGUCCACAUCUAAUAACUUCUUUGCUCACUUUCCUGUCCUACCUGUAUUUGUAUUGUCAUGUAUAACGUACUGAACUCCUCUUGCUAACGAACUCUGUAACUUUGUACCCUCCAUGAUGAAUUGUAACUCAUCCAUCGUUCUUUCA